CUACUCGACCCUUUAACGCGGAAGUUAUUAUGUUGUGUAAACACACAUGUGGAUAGCAGUGAAUUUGUACAUGUGAGGAGUAAACCAUGGCUCAAACACAGAACGAUAUCAAGAAAACCGUUUCUAAAGACUUGUUGACCUGUGGCAACGGAAAAGGAAUCCAUGACAAACUUCUGUUGAGCUCUAAAAGUGCUUCGCUCCAGACAGAAAGGGUCUCGAGAAGUAGUGUCUUGGACAGAUUGCAGAGUUUCCUUCCCCAGAUGGCCCAGGCCAACGAGUCCCUUAGACAGCAGAUGGACGAGGCUCCCACUGGUUCAUUUGACAUUGAGUGUGUGGAGAACGCAGAGAAAGUCAUUGAGAUGGAUGUGGCUCUGGUUGAGCUGGAGGAAUCGGACAGCAGUGAAGAGGAUGAGUCGUCAUCAUCAUCAUCAUCAUCAUCAUCAUCAUCUGAGGAAGACAGCUCAGAGGAAGAGGUGCAAACUGUCACUGCAAAGACGCUCAAACUUCCAGGUGAUAGAAAGAGAAAGGCUAACAUACAGGUGCUGGAGAAAGAGGGCGAGUGAGAGAACACAUACUGUCCACUGUAACUCUGGGAAACUCACGCCAGGCCAUUCCUGUGCCUAUGGAUGAAAUACAUGACUGUUCCAAGUCCGUUUUUGUUUGGAAUGAGCACAGACCAGUGAUUUGAUGUCUUGUCGAGCUGGCGGACUCAUACGAGGAACAUUUCAUGCAACUUUAGAGAUG